AUGGACGAUACAAUUACGGUCGGUAUUCCUUCUUCUCUGUCUCGAAGCUCCGAUUCAGUUUGUGUUGGCCUUGAACGACAUUUUUUCCAUCAUAAUAGUUCUCCAUCUUGGCGUGCCAGUAUUUCUGCAGAAUGGAAUGCUCGGCGAGCAGUCGAAAAAGAAAAGCAAACCGCUUUGUUUCCGCUUGCAAUGAAUCCGUUCGGAGACGAUGAAAUUAUUGCAAUGGUAGAAGUAUUAUUGACGGGUCGUUUAACGUUAGGCGCAGAAGUAGAAAAGGCUGAAAGAAAGUUUGCUGAAAUUGUUGGGGUACCAUAUGCCAUUAUGGUUAAUUCAGGUAGUUCUGCAAAUUUACUAGCCGUCUCGGCUAUAACAAAUAAGUUGCGUCGAGUGCACUGCGAUCCUGGCGAUCAUGUACUGGUUCCUGCAGUAUGUUGGUCAACGAGCGUUUUCCCACUAAUUCAAAAUGGCCUGUGCCCUGUUUUUGUCGAUGUAGAUCCGCGCACAUUCAAUGUAUCUCUUUAUGAACUUGAGCGUAAACUGACAAGUCGUGUUAAAGCAGUGAUGGCCGUACAUGUAUUAGGUAAUUCCAUAAAUAUGCAAGAACUAAUAGAAUUUGUUAAUCGUCACCAGCUUAUAUUGAUUGAGGAUACUUGUGAGUCCUUAGGAAGUUUCUGUGUUACUGGUGUAGCGGAUAAACGUAAGAUGUUGGGUACAUUUGGUGAUUUUGGAACAUUCUCGUUUUAUUUUUCGCAUCACAUCACUAGUGGCGAAGGAGGAAUGGUUACGUGUCAUACUGAAGAAGAUUAUAACAUUGUACGAUGCUUACGUGCACAUGGUUGGACAAGACAUCUUACAAAUCGUCAAAAAAUUGAAGAGCAAUAUGAAGAUAUUGAUUCUCGGUUUUUAUUUGUAAAUAUGGGCUUUAAUUUUCGACCGUUAGAAGUUCAAGGGGCUAUGCUAAAUGUUCAGUUAGAUAAGCUCUAUGAAUUUAACACAUGUCGUCGUGAUAAUUUAAAACGCAUCAAAGAAACUCUAUUAUGUGACAACAGGUUUUCAAAUUUAAUGUCAUUAAUGGAAGCUUCAAAAGACGUUGACCCGGCCUGGUUUGGUCUUGGUGUUUUACUUCAUCGGCCCUAUGCUCAUCAACGACUUGAAUUCUUGAAAUACCUUGAACGCAAUGGAAUAGAAAAUCGCCCUAUCAUUAGCGGUAAUUUUAUUCGUCAGCCUUGCAUCUCUGUUUUCUGUAAUGAAGAACACCCAGAAAACUAUCCUGGUGCAGAGGCGGUUCAUACGCGUGGUUUCUUUAUCGGUGUUCAUCAAAUACCGCUAGAUCAAGUUGUGAUCGACAAACUUGUUGAUUUUAUUUUAGCAUUUCCAUUCUUUCCUUAUCAUGUAAUAAUAGUCACAGGAAGCAACGGAAUGCUCGGUAGAUACAUUCGUGACACCGUUCUGGAAAGUUCUUCAAAGGAUAGUCGAACAACAAUAACAACAGUUGCCAAUAUAAACCCGCUGAAAAGAAAGACAAAAGAGGCAGAAUGGAUCUUUUUGACUCGUCACGAUGGAGAUCUCCGAAAAGUAGAAGAUGUCAAAAAUAUAUUUAAGCGAUAUCAACCUACACGCGUAAUACAUUGUGCAGCACAUCUUGCAUCUAUGCAAGUAAUGUCGUCUAAACCAGUAGACUUUUGGUUAAACAACGUUACCAUGAAUAAUAAUAUACUAGAAGCCGCAUUCGAAUUUCAAUCAUGGACUGGGCCCAUUAAAGUAGUUUCGAUAUUAUCUACAGUUAUGUUUCCAAAGAAUGCACAAUAUCCAAUCGAUGCUUCAACUAUUUACGAAGGAUCGCCUCAUUUCGCAUCAGAAUCAUAUGCAUACGCUAAAAGAUCGCUAGCUCAACUCAUACAAUGGUAUCGUAAACAGCACGGCUGUGACUUUGUGUCGGUAUUACCUGGUAAUUUCUUCGGCGCUUACGGCGAUUUCAACCCCAAUACAGCUCCACUGGUAAAUGCACUAAUCGCAAAAAUAGAAAAUCAAAAGGAGUGUGAUCCUACAGCUCCUCUUACCAUGAUAGGCACCGGUACACCGUUGCGUCAAGUUAUGUACGCUCAUGAUCUCGCUAAAAUAGUUAUUUGGGUACUAGGAAAUUAUUCAGAAGGGGAACCCUUAAUUGUUGCUGGAGAGGAAAUUUCAAUUUCUCAACUUGCUCAUCUUGUUCGUGAUCAAGUAGGUUUUACUGGAUGCCUCCAGUUUGAGGGUGAUGUUAAAAAUGAUGGACCAAUGCGUCGUACAGCUGACACAUCGCAUUUCGAAAAACUUCAUCCAUCUUUUACAAUGACUCUACUUCCGACAGCUAUUAAAGAAACACUUGAGUGGUACAAAAAAAACAAAUAA